AUGCCUGUGGUGCCAGAGGAGUCACUGUCCUGUGAAGUAAACGAAGACAAGAAACAAAGGCUCCUGAUGCAAGAAGGCAAUGAGAAGAAGGCAAGGAGAAGAAGGCAAGGAGAAGAAGGCAAGGAGAAGAAGGCAAGGAGAAGAAGGCAAGGAGAAGAAGGCAAGGAGAAGAAGGCAAGGAGAAGAAGGCAAGGAGAAGAAGGCAAGGAGAAGAAGGCAAGGAGAAGAAGGCAAGGAGAAGAAGGCAAGGAGAAGAAGGCAAGGAGAAGAAGGCAAGGAGUAGAAGGCAAGGAGAAGAAGGCAAGGAGAAGAAGGCAAGGAGAAGAAGGCAAGGAGAAGAAGGCAAGGAGAAGAAGGCAAGGAGAAGAAGGCAAGGAGAAGAAGGCAAGGAGAAGAAGGCAAGGAGAAGAAGGCAAGGAGAAGAAGGCAAGGAGAAGAAGGCAAGGAGAAGAAGGCAAGGAGAAGAAGGCAAGGAGAAGAAGGCAAGGAGAAGAAGGCAAGGAGAAGAAGGCAAGGAGAAGAAGGCAAGGAGAAGAAGGCAAGGAGAAGAAGGCAAGGAGAAGAAGGCAAGGAGAAGAAGGCAAGGAGAAGAAGGCAAGGAGAAGAAGGCAAGGAGAAGAAGGCAAGGAGAAGAAGGCAAGGAGAAGAAGGCAAGGAGAAGAAGGCAAGGAGAAGAAGGCAAGGAGAAGAAGGCAAGGAGAAGAAGGCAAGGAGAAGAAGGCAAGGAGAAGAAGGCAAGGAGAAGAAGGCAAGGAGAAGAAGGCAAGGAGAAGAAGGCAAGGAGAAGAAGGCAAGGAGAAGAAGGCAAGGAGAAGAAGGCAAGGAGAAGAAGGCAAGGAGAAGAAGGCAAGGAGAAGAAGGCAAGGAGAAGAAGGCAAGGAGAAGAAGGCAAGGAGAAGAAGGCAAGGAGAAGAAGGCAAGGAGAAGAAGGCAAGGAGAAGAAGGCAAGGAGAAGAAGGCAAGGAGAAGAAGGCAAGGAGAAGAAGGCAAGGAGAAGAAGGCAAGGAGAAGAAGGCAAGGAGAAGAAGGCAAGGAGAAGAAGGCAAUGAGAAGGCAAGGAGAAGAGGGCAAUGA